AUGUGGCCCUCGAUAACCGAUUUGAGUGCUGGGUGGCAAGAGCAGCUGUGUCUUCCCGACCACGACUCAGCCCCCCUUCGAGGGCAUCUGUCGGAUGACCAGCAGGUAGAGGCAAUUCUUCAAGGUCUUUUGCAAUUUGGACCGGCAGCUUGGUUGCUUAUCGGUGCCUCGUUCAGGAUCGCCCAACUGCGUGGGGCGCCGCUUGUCGUGCUCCCCAACCGCCAAGGCUAUCCCAAAGCCCUGGUCGUCUCUAUUCUUUGCGCUCUACAACUGUCCUACCUACUUCUCAGCGACGUAGAACGUUCCCAGUCACAUUUGCUAGCGGCAAGACUGUCCUCGGUAGCCAGCGCGGUGCUAUGCGUGCUCUCGUUCCUGGAGCAUGGCCGCAGCGUUCAACCAUCAACUCUUUUGACCAGCUAUUUAUUGGUCGCAACUCUCAGCGAUGCAAUAAAUGCCGGUCUCCUAUUUGUCGCUAGAAACCUCUGCAGUUCAGAGGAUCUCACAUUGGCCAUCUUCGCUACCAGGUUUGCCCUUCUCAUCCUAGAGGGACGGACCAAGACGUCUAUCCUACGCGAGCCGUACGAUGAACUAUCACCAGAGGAGACAUCCGGCUUCUUUGGCGUGGCCUUUUAUUGGUGGGUCAAUAAGAUCCUCAGGAACGGCUAUUCCCGUGUCUUGUCCCUGGAUGACAUGCCGGCCUUUGGGAAGUCUCUCGAUGUAGGAAGAACAAGGGAUGCUAUGCAGCGAGAGUGGGACACGAUAAAAAAGCAGAAAGGUCGCUUCUCCUUAGUUCUGGCGCAGCUGAAGUGUUCUUGGUGGUCAAAUAUCGACAUAUUUGUGCCACGCUUCAUCUACAUUGUGCUCCGUUGCUGCCAACCUCUUCUGAUUAGCCGAGUCAUUACUUCUGUCAGCAGUAGCUUGACGUCCUUCGACAAUAGGAAUGAAGCACUUCGCCUGAUCUUAUUGGCAUUCGUGAUUUAUACGGGCAUGGCGAUCUGCAAUGGUAUGUACGAGCGCCGAAUCGCACAACUAAACUGUCAGAUUCGCAUGGGCCUCGUUGGAGUUAUCUAUAACCGCUGCCUGACAAUCGAAACUGGCGUCUUGGACGACUCGGCCGCCGUGACGCUUAUGAGCAGCGAUACAGAAGAUGCGGCCAACGCCGGCGAGCUUUUUCACCAAUUAUGGUCAGAGGUAUUAGAGCUUUGUAUUGGAAUGUACAUGCUGGCUCGAGAACUAGGUUGGGUGUGCAUAUCCCCCCUUCUAGUCGUGCUCUGCACCUCCAAGGCAGUCAACUUCAUCACUGAGAAUUUAGUGGAUAGGCAAAUAGCAUUCAGCCAGGCGACGCAGAUGCGCAUCUCAACGACCAAAGCCAUCCUUGACGCUAUGAAGAAUAUCAAGAUUAUGGGUCUCGGCAAGAAGAUGGAGGGCAAGAUCCAAGCCACCAGGGUCCACGAAAUGAAGCAACUUGUCGCAUUUCACCACCUCCUGGUAGCCUUUUUCGUGAGCGCCGUGGCCUUGAGCCUUUUUAGCCCUGCCAUCACUUUGAUCAUCUACGCCAUACAAUCACAGCUGCGCGGAGUCAAGUCCAUCGACGUGGAAAUGGUUUUCACCUCCCUCGCCAUCAUAGACAUAGUUACUACCCCCGCCAACACCCUCCUCAGCAUCUUGGGAGAGGCGGCAUCCGUCAUAGCUGCUUUCGACCGCAUCCAGUCGUACCUUCUCAGCCCAGAUCGUGAAGACAGGCGAGAAUUCCUCGACACGCAAUGCCCCGACCACGAUUCUGAGAGCAACGAAGGCAGCGCAGCCAGUGUUUCGCUCGAUCAAGUUGCCAUCCGCCUUGACAAUGUGACCGUUCGUCCUGCCUCCACGGCGGCACCAGUCCUGAGGAACAUUAGCACAGUCAUUAAGAAAGGCAGUCUGGUGGUUAUUUCCGGAGCCGUGGGUACUGGAAAGUCGAGCCUUGCGAAGACCCUUCUAGGCGACCUUACCCCAGAUGCCGGGGUGAUACAAACAGCCUACCUUUCGAUAGCGUAUUGUUCUCAAGCAGCCUGGUUGACCAACGGUACCAUAAGAGAGGCCAUAUGCGGGCCAAUUGGCGAUGAUACGGUGCCAGUUGAAGAAUGGUACAAAAGGGUUGUACACGCAUGUGGUCUCGAGGAGGACUUCAGUCAGUUGCCGGAUGGGGACCAAACUGUCAUCGGCAGUCGGGGUAUUACCCUUUCAGGCGGACAAAAGCAACGGGUGGCCCUCGCACGAUCUGUAUACGCGCGUCGCAGCCUCGUCAUUCUCGAUGACGUUCUGUCUGCGCUCGACGCAAAAACCGCGCGGCACAUUGUCGAAAACCUCAUCGGCCCAAAUGGCCUGUUCAAAGAACUUGGCACUACGGUGGUGCUCAUCACCCACGCGACGCAACACCUGUCUUUGGCCGAUCAUUUCAUCAUUCUCGGUGAUAGAGGCCAAAUUGCGAAACAAGGAAGUAGGGAGAAUCUCCGAGUAGAAGCUGGCUACUCUGGCAAGACCACGUUGGGAAGAGAUGAAAAAGUCGAUGGCACGAAACAUGAAAAUCAAGUCGGUAAUCGUGAGAAAGGUAGAGAUGAGAGCCAGGCACCCCCCAAACAGCGACAGUCAAGCAUGCAGGACAUCGUCCUCAAGACGGGAGACACCACGCUAUACGGCUACUACUUUGGCGCCAUUGGGCUCUCACGCCUUCUUCUCCUUUCGGGUGCCCUCACUCUCUAUGCCACCUUUUCAGGGGUGAUCCCGUACUGGCUUAGAUGGAUGGCAGAGAACAGAGGCGACAACAUGUGGCUCUUUACGAGCGUCUAUUUCGCCCUUGCGCUUGGCGCUUUCUUGUCCCUUGUUACAGCCGUUUCGAGCGUCUUCUUCGUCAUCGCGCCGCACUCGGGCAAUACACUUCAUGCCCGACUCCUGCGCACAGUCAUGCAUGCAAAGCAAUCAUAUUUUUCCGAAACCGAUACGGGCACGACGCUUACCCGCUUCGGCGCCGAUAUGGCGCUGCUUAACCGCCAGCUGCCCUUCGCACUCUUCCAAGUCUUGCAAAGCAUCUUUAGCGUGCUCUCGCAGUGUAUCCUAGUAGGACUUAUUCAGCCGUUCAUAACUGCCACUUUACCUUUCACGAUCUUCGCCGUCUACUUGAUCCAGAAGGUCUACCUGGCAACGUCGCGGCAAAUGCGCUUCCUUGACCUCGAAGCGCGGGCUCUGGUUAACGCUAGCUUUCUUGAGACGCUAGAAGGCGUUGCGACAAUAAGAGCGUUCGGGUGGCAGGAGUCUUUCAUUAGAGACAACGCCAUGAAACUUGACCUGUCGCUACGUCCAGAUUACUUGCUACUAUGCAUCCAGCGCUGGCUUGGUCUCGUGCUUGACCUUAUCGUUCCGGGCCUAGCUGUAAGCGUCAUCGGCCUUGCUUUUGCCCUCAAAGGGAGCACGACAGGCGGCCAAAUCGGCAUCGCCCUCAACGUUGUUCUACGCGCCAACCACUCCCUGCUCCGCCUGGUGGAGGCCUGGACCAAGCUAGAGACCUCGCUCGGCUCUAUCUCCCGACUGCGCGCCUUCGAGCAGGAUGUCCAGCCGGAGGACGAGCCGGGUACGACGAAGUCCCUCCCACCGUCCUGGCCUGCUCGCGGAGCCAUCGAGCUUACCAAAGUCUCGGCGUCUUACAGGCCAGCAGUGCUUGCCCUCAACGAUAUCAGCAUCGACAUCGCACCGGGCACCAAAGUCGGUGUCGUGGGCCGCACCGGUGGCGGCAAGUCGUCUCUGUUGCUCAGCCUGCUACGUCUUAUCGAAUUGGAGGGUCAGGGCACUAUAUGCAUCGAUGGGAGCAACAUAUGCGAUUUUUCACGCGACGACGUCCGUGCCCGCCUGAUUGUGGUCCCGCAGGACCCUAUGUUUAUCGCAACCGAUACAGUUCGCGAGAACCUUGAUAUUGCGGGUGCAAACAUCUCAGACGACGACAUAGUCCAUGCGCUUGAGCGUGUCGGACUAUGGGAUCCGCUGCAGGCGCGUAAGCUGGACAACGACAAGAAACUGCUGUCAACUGAACGCCAUGAUAGCAAUGACUCAGAGGAGGAAUUUUCUGAGAGCGGCGACGACUCAACCGUUGAGACCCUCGACCGGACAAUGAGGUCGCUGCCGCUCUCUCACGGGCAGCAACAGAUGUUCUCGCUGGCUCGUGCGCUGUUGAUGCGGCCAUAUCGCGGGCGUGUUGUGUUGCUCGACGAGGCUACAAGUAACGUCGACGGCAAGACAGAUCAGCUGAUGCAGACACUCGUGCGAGAGGAGUUCAAGGAGCAUACUGUCAUCACAGUUGCACACCGCUUGGAUACUAUCAUGGACAAAGAUGUCGUGUUGGUCAUGGAUGCAGGGAAGCUGGUCGAGGCUGGGCGGCCGUCGGAGCUGGUAGAAAGAGUGGACGGCUUGUUUAGAGAGCUGAUCCGUGGGAAGAACCGGUAA